AUGGUGAUAUCCCUCAAUAUCACCAUUGUUUAUGGUGCCUCUGAGAUCAUUGAUCGUAGGAGCUUAUGGACUACUUCGGAAACAUUAGCUCGGGAGCAAACGGAUGAUCCCUGGUUGGUAGGGGGGGAUUUCAAUGCAGUCCGAGAAAUGAAUGAGGUGUGUGGAGUUUCUGGUGACAUAAGGAUGGCCAUGGAAGAAUUCAAUGCUGCUAUUCAGGAGGUGGGGUUAAUACCAUUGCCUAUGCAGGGUGAAUGUGUACAGAAUAUUUGGCAGCAUACAAUCAUUGGGGUUCCUAUGUUUGCGGUAACACGUAAACUUAAAGCAUUGAAGCCAGUUUUCAGGGAACAAAGGAGAAAGAAGGGGGAUCUGACACUCAAUGUUCACUUAGCCAAAGGAUUUCUUGAUGAGGCGCAACAGUUGGUGAGCGUUCAUAGACAAAAUGAGGCACUUUUACAACUAGAACACUGCUGCCGACUAGUAUAUGCAAAAGCGGUAAAACUGGAACAAAUCAUGUUGCAACAGAGAGCCGAAAUGCAGUGGAUGAAGGGAGAACCAGGAGAGAUUAUCAAUGAGUUUGUCCGUUACUACCAAAACCUUUUGGGCGGUAACAGACGACAGAUAAUGAUGGAUAUUGGUUUUCUCAGACCGUGGGCUAGACAUAUUCUUUCCAAUGAGGAGGCUAGCGAUUUUAUUUCGGCUUUUACUCCGGAUGAUGUGAAGCAAGCUGUUUUUGACAUUGCAGAAGAUAAGGCUCCAGGACCUGAUGGGUAUUCAUCUGGCUUCUUUAAAGCAGUCUGGCCAGUGGUGGGACAGGAAGUUACAAAGGUGGUACUAGACUUCUUUAAUACCGGUAAAUUACUCAAGCAAGUCAACUCCACAAUUUUGGCUCUAAUCACAAAGGGAGCGUUUAUUCCAGGACGAAGCAUUGGGGACAAUAUUAUGUUGGCACAGGAAUUGUUCACGGGCUAUAAUCAGGUGAGACUACCACCUCGUUGUGCUCUGAAAGUUGAUAUUAGGAGAUACGGUGGAGUGGGACUUCCUACUUGCCGUCUUGCAAUUGUUUGGUUUCCCACAAACAUUCACAAGGUCGAUUGA